GAGCCUGGCGGAAGUGUGAAGCGGAAGAGGAGCCGGUGGCGUCGGCGGCAGCAUGAGCAGCUUCGGCGGGGUGAUGCGGGAGUAUCCCCACCUGUCCAUCGACCGCUUCGACCGGGAGAACCUGCGCGCCCGCGCCUACUUCCUCUCCCACUGCCAUAAGGACCACAUGAAAGGGCUGAGAGCCCCUUCCAUGAAAAGACGCCUGGCAUGCAGCUUGAAACUCCGCCUGUAUUGCUCCCCUGUGACAAAGGAAUUGCUGCUGUCCAGCCCACGAUACACAUUCUGGGAAAAUUACAUUGUCACCCUGGAGGUUGAAACACCGACUCAAAUCUCUCUGAUUGAGGAAACGUCGUGUGAGAAAGAAGAUAUUGUGGUCACACUUCUGCCAGCCGGCCAUUGUCCAGGAUCAGUUAUGUUUCUCUUCCAAGGGGGAAACGGGACGGUCUUGUACACGGGGGAUUUCCGACUCGCUAGAGGAGAAGUGGCCCGAAUGGAACUACUACAUUCAGGAAGCAGAGUGAAAGACAUCCAGAGUGUCUAUUUAGACACCACAUUCUUUGAUCGCAAAUAUUAUCAAAUACCAAGCCGGGAAGAAUGUAUGAAGGGGUUGAUGGAAUUAGUCCGAAGCUGGGUGGCGCAGAGUCCGUAUCACGUGGUCUGGUUGAACUGCAAAGCAGCUUAUGGAUAUGAGUAUUUAUUCACAAAUCUCAGCGAAGAACUUGGGAUUAAGGUGCAUGUGAACAAGUUGGACAUGUUUAAAAACAUGCCAGAAAUUCUCUACCACGUUACCACCAACCGGCGUACCCAGAUUCACGCCUGUCGCCAUCCGAGGGAUUACGAAAUGUUCCGUGGGAACCGACUGCCGUGUGGAAUGACGUCCCAGAACGGACAGGAGCUGAGGGUGAUCAGCGUCAAGCCGUCCACCAUGUGGUUUGGAGAAAGGACACGGAAGAGCAACGUGGUCAUGAGGGCCGGGACGAGUUCCUACAGGGCUUGCUUCUCAUUCCACUCUUCUUAUAGCGAGAUCGAAGAUUUCUUGAAGUACAUUUGCCCCGUGAAUAUCUACCCCAAUGUGAUUCCUUUGGGGUCAACCAAGGACAAAGUGGAAGAAAAGCUGAAGCCGUUCUGCAGGCAGCACAGGCCAAAUAAUCCGCCAAUUUAUAAACCUCUCGGGGUGCUGAAGAGACCCAAAGCCUUGGAGAUUCUGGACACCAAUGGUGGCAGCGAUGAUGACGAUCUCUUUGACUCUGGACUGAUUCCCAGAAGUUACAAGGUUCCAAAACUGCUGCCAGAGAUUGAACCUGUGGAGAGCAAGCUGCUCCCCCCAAAUCGUGAAGAAGAUCCCAGUCACGAGGUGGCUCCAAGACCUGCUUGUUUGCCGGUUGAUUUUGUAGAGUGCGAAGAAUCAAAUGGCGAGGAGGAAGAGGAAGAGGAGGAAGAACAACAUGAGGAGGAGGAGACAGCUCUUCCUGGAAUUCCAUCAUCGGGGACGGAGUUUGUUGAAGUUUCACGGCACCCCAACAGUCUUGUGGGAGCAACGAGUACCGGGAAGCUCAGUGAAGACCAAGCGCAACCUGACUCGGAAGUGCCAAAAUGGGACAGUUUCUUCAGGCGCCCUUCAGAAGACCCCGAGAGCUCGGACCACGAGGGCCCCCCGCCGUGUACCGACUCGGCCGAGCCGCUUUCUCCCAGCCCCUUCAACGAGGACGACCUGAGCGACUCCACUCACAUCUCUUCCCAGGAGUCCUCUCAGUCCACCCACAUCUCUGAACAGGGCAGCCAAGGGUGGGACAGCCAAUCCGACACCGUCCUCGUCACCUCCCAGGAGCGAAGGAAUUUGGAGUCCAGCCCUUCCAAGGGAGGGACGGAGAGGGUGACCCGUCCCCUUGCAGGGGAAAAGAGAACGGACCACCUGCCGAAGAGCAGCCGGCCUUUAGAUCGGGCUGCGGCUUCUGCAGAGCCCCUUCCCUUGGAAGGCAAAGGCAGAUGUUGGGACACAGCAGCAGCAGCAGCUCCUGAUCGGACCGAGCCAGGAGAGAAGACCAAGCCAGAAGGGAGGACAGAGCUCAGUCCAGUGGUCCAAACUGUGGAUUCUCAGAGCUCUUCUGAUUUUGAAGCCCCGCCUACUCCCGGGACGGAGACUCCCAAACCUCAGGAGCUCUGCAGCCUGUACCAAAAACUGGCAGCUGGAGAAAACCUCCCCUGACCAGGAGGGAACACCUGGAUCCAGACGCUCCUGCCUCCCUGAAUAUAUUUGAAAUCUGGCAAAUGUUUAAAAUGUUAAAUAUGUUUUUGUAUUUUGUACACUAUGUAAUGCAAUUUAUUUUGUACAU